GCAAACUCAACGUUACUCUCUCAACAUGAAGGCCGCCAUGGCGUCGGCGGCGGUAGUCGUCUCCAGCAUCCUACAGUCUACAAGUGCCGUGUCGAUAUGGGAAGCCCAGUUCAUUCCAGAAACCCAACAGGCCAUCGUUCACUUGAUGAGCUUCAACUUUACCAACGGAGGGUCGUAUGCUGUGACGUUGCGUGUCAAGAUUCGACCCGCGUCGACGGCCAGCCUUCACUUUGUCGUGUGCAAAGCGACAGCAUGGGAGAAGAUGCAGUCUCGCGGGUAUCCUGAAUCGACCACGGCGCUGUGCAAGCGGCGCUUCCACAACUCGACCGUCGUCGUCUUGCAUUCGCUCUGUUUCGCCUACCCGAUGCUUGGUAUAGUGCACUCCAUUCCUCAGGACGUGCCAUCCCCUGCGACAAGGUACAACACGCCGUGAUCACGUUGCCUCGGUUGAAUGCGGCAAUAGCUACGACGUGGCGCCACCAGACACCGCCUUGAUGGCCACUGUCAGCAUGGACAACCAGAUUCCAACGUUGGCGGACGGCAUGCACCACUUUUUCGUCGACGCAUGCUCCACGACGUGCUCAUCACCCAACGGCUGCUUGAACGACAAGUCCCUGCCGCCCAUCCGUGUCACGGCCACCAUGUUGUAUGCCAUGUGCGACGGGCAAAGCCCUCGAACUUGCUCCGGUGGCCGCAUGAAUCACCUGUUGGCCAUCUACAUGUCGUACAUGGUUGUAUGGAUCGUCGUUGGCAUUGUCUGGACCAUCCAUGUUUUUCGCAGUUGUGCUCCAAUUUUCAAGCUCCACGUAACAAUGUCGCUCGCGCUGGUGACCAAGGUCGUCGCCAUGACAACAACGUCCGCCGUGCUACUCGUGUCGCCGAUGAACGAUAUUCUUGCGCAUCUGAACAUGGCUGUCACCAUGCAAUUUGCGGCAUCGUGUCUGAUGAUGGUGACGGUAUUUGGGCUGGCCGAUGGAUGCGAGAUCGUUGGGACGCAUGGCCGAAGGUUCACCCUUGCGAUCUUGUAUAUUGGGUACUCGUUCGUUGAGACCGCCGAGCCGUGGAAUCCGAUUCUCUCCGCUGUCAUGGUCGCGUGCGCUCUCUUGACGAUCACGAAGCUGUCCACCACACGCCUCCGUGAGCUCCGCGGAUACGCGUACGUCAUGCAACUGACGGGGCGAAGCCCGGACGCGUCUCCCCUCGGCACGAAAGUCCACCUCCUCCGAGCGACCCGCACGUACUCGAUCCUCUACUUCCUAGAGACAUACUGCGUCAAGAUUAUCUUUUUCCUUUUAAACCGGUCGUCGUCGGGCGCCGAAGACGUCAUGGUCGAAGCGAUCCAACUCUGCUACGUUCUCGUCAUGGGCUACACAUUUCGGUGUCGACACUUCACUUACGUCGUGACCUCCUCGCGUCUGCAACGACUGUCCUCGACGGUCGUCCCGAUUAUUUGUCUCCCCCAGACCUCAGAGGUUGCACCCCCGGCAACCAAACUGACCGUGUUUUUGCAUCCCGACAAUUCGCAAUCCUUUGGGAAACUGGGUCAAGGACCAUGUUGUCGUCCAGUACAAUAGAACUCUCGUGUCGGUUUUCACUGUCGCGGGACCACGUUCCUAUUGGAAGUCGAACGCUUUCAUGGGAUGCACAUCGCUUGUUUGAGGUCGACAGGGGGACGCAGGUGUAGUUGCAGGUUGAGGAUGGGCCCUUUGUUGGGCGGCGCGCUGCGGCUGGUAGCGUGGGUCACACAGCAGCAGCAUCGAAACAUACCCCUGCUCUCUGACACUAUUGAAUUCGUCUCGGGCACGGACAUGAGUCUUAAGUCCACCGCUGUCAUCAUGCCCCAGAGACAGGUCAAG